GGGAGGCAAGAACUUCUCGGGAUGAACGUGAACCUCCCCAUCACUUUCCUGGCCUGUCCCCGUCCAAGCUGAGGCCGAUUUCAGGGCCUCCGGGAUCUGGGGGAGAAGAACGAGGCGGAGGAGUGGAAGAGCUCCGAGCGAGGCGUCCUGCUCCGCAGCUGCCCGGAAGGAGCCCCCAGCCCCUGCCCCCGGCGCCAGCAGCCCACUCCGCCCAGGCGCUCAGCGCUCCAGCCGCCUCCAUGGCCCCGGGCGGAACCCAGGGGAGCAGGCCCCCCGCAGGGAGCCACCCCGGCAGCCCGCCUGCUCAGCAUGGAGCUGACUGAGCUGCUUGUUGUGGCCAUGUUUCUCCUCACUUCAAGAUUAACCCUCACCCUGACCAGCCCCGCUCCCGUCUGCGACCCCCGGCUCUUCAACAAGCUGCUCCGAGACUCUGCCGCCCUACACGGCCGACUGAGUCAAUGCUCGGACCUCGGCCCGCUGCCCAUCCCUGUCCUGCUGCCCACCGUGGACUUCAGCCUUCGGGAAUGGAGAGCAAAGACGGAGCAGACCAAGGGGCAGGAGGUCCUAGGAGCCGUGACCUUGUUGCUGGAAGGGGUGAUCGCGGCCCGGAAGCAGCUGAGCCCCAGCUGCCUCUCGUCCCUGCUCGGGCAGCUCACAGCCCAGACGCACGUCCUCCUGGGAGCCCUGCAGGGCCUCCUGGGAACUCCGUCUCUCCCAAAGGGCCAGACUGCAGCUCACAGGGAGCCCACGGCCAUCUUCCUGAGCUUCCAGCAGCUCCUGCGAGGAAAGGUGCGGUUCCUGCUGCAUGCACUAAGGCCCAUCCUCUGCGCCAGGCAGGACCAGACAGCCCCAGCGACCCCCGGCAGCGGCUCCGUGCCCUCCAUCAGGACCGCCCCUGGGCUCACCGACCGGACCCUGGCAGCGCUGGAAAGGGGCCCGGGGAGCUCCGCCACGGAGGCCCCCGAUCCCACCAGGAUUCCCGGACUGCUGAACCGCACGGCCAGUGCCCCGGACGGAGCCCCUACGCACCCGAACGUGACCGUGGGGCCCUCAAACGGAACCCAGGCUCCCUGCCCCGCACCCGCCGGCAAUGCUCCGGCAGACUCCCACCCGCCUUCCAGUCAGGAGGGAACCUUCCGACCACCCAUUCCUUUGGCCGAACUGCUUUCUCCCCCAAGCAUCCCCCCUCCUGCACACCCCGUGCCCCCCUCUCCCUCACCCAGGGAUCGACUGGGCCCCACAGCCAGGGCUCCCAUCCCUUCUGCUCCCUCCUCGGCCACAAGCUCAGGUAACCCGGCUCCCGCACCCUGCUGCCUUCCCUCCCGGGACGAGACUAGGGACCUCAGCCCCCACCUACGUCCUCCUGGGAGCGGGCCGGAACACUCGUGAUCCCAGCCUGGCCCGAGCCCCCCUGCCCAGCCUGGCCAGACUCUCAGAACUCGAGGGCAGGCUACAGAAACCCGGAGGCCUCCCCACAACCCCCCAGAGCCUCCUCCAGCCAGAAGGGAACAUUUUUCACUGUACAAUUUCAGAAAAUAUUUUUUUAAGCAGAUAAAUAUUUGUCAGAAAAGUGGAUUCUCCCGGAAC